GGGGGCUCAUCGAUGGCACGGGCCGCCGCGCCGCCGCGGGCAAGACUGCUGCGGGGCAUCGCCGAGGAGCCACUUAGGAGGAGGAGGAGGAGGAGGAGGAGGAGGAGGAGGAGGAGUCGGUUUUUGACGGUCGCGGAGCCCGGCGAGGGCCCGAAAACUACGAUCAACCUCAUAUGGAUCAACUCGCUGGAGGCCUGGGUCCUUGCUCCUAGGCGCGGGGCCGCGGCGGUCGUGGGUGGACCACGGGCCCCAGUGCAGCUUCCCGCUGCAGAACUUGCCGUACGGGGUCUUCUCCUGCGCUGGGCGCGGGCCGAGGUGCGCCACGGCCAUUGGGGAUCUGGCCGUGGACCUCUCCGCCCUCGCGGACGCGGGCCUGCUCGCGGAGCUGCCCUUCCAUGCGGGCUCCGUGUUCCGCCGGCCAGAGCUCAACGCCUUCAUGGCGCUGAGCCGCCCCGCCUGGCUGGCCACCCGCGCGCGGCUCCAGGAGCUGCUGGCGGCAGACGGCGACGAGCGCCUGCGGCGCGACGAGGGCCUGCGGCGGGCGGCGCUGCGGCCGCUGUCGGAGGUGGCGAUGCACCUGCCUGCGCGGAUCGGCGACUACACGGACUUCUACGCGUCCCGCGAGCACGCGACGAACGUGGGCAUAAUGUUCCGCGGUCGCGACAAUGCUCUGCAGCCGAACUGGCUGCACCUCCCAGUCGGCUACCACGGCCGCGCCUCCAGCGUGGUCGUCAGCGGCACCCCGUUCGCGCGGCCGAGGGGCCAGCUGCAGGUCAACAGAGAUAACCCUGCCGAGGGCUCCACCUAUGGGCCCUGCAAGCUGCUCGACUACGAGCUCGAGAUGGGCAUCUUCCUCGGCGGCGAGCUGCCGCCCAUGGGGAGGCCGGUGACCGUAGAGGAGGCCGAGGAGCACAUCUUCGGCUACGUCCUGCUGAACGACUGGUCCGCAAGAGACAUCCAGGCCUGGGAGUACGUGCCCCUUGGCCCCUUCACGGCGAAAAGCUUUGCCACGACGAUCUCGCCCUGGAUCGUCACGCCGGAGGCCCUGGCGCCCUUCCGUUGUGCCACGUCUGCAGGCGUUCAGGACACUCCCCAGCCCCUGCCGUACCUGCGCGACCCGGACUACAGUUCGUAUGAUCUCAAGCUCGAGGUCGACAUGGUCACGCCCAGCAAAGGAGGAGAAGGCAGGGUGGUCACCACCAUUGCCAAGUCCAACUUCAGCCACAUGUACUGGACCUCGCGGCAGAUGCUCGCGCACCACUCCGUGGCCGGCUGCCCCAUGAGCCCUGGCGACCUGCUCGGAAGCGGCACCAUCUCUGGCACUGUGGACGACAGCGGGGGCUCGAGUGUCAACUACGGCUCGCUGCUGGAGCAGACCUGGCGAGGCAAGAACGAGAUCACGCUGAGCGAUGGGGCCAAGAGGAAGUUCAUCCAGGACGGCGACGCCGUCGUGAUGCGGGGCUACUGCCAGGGCGACGGCUUCCGCGUCGGGUUCGGGGAGUGCGCGGGCGAGGUGCUGCCCGCGGGGUCCCUGGACACCGCCCCGCGCGCCCCGGAGGCGCCCGCGGCCUUCGCGGAGCUGAAGGAGGUGGCGCUGCGCAGCUACUGGCGGUCGACCUGCAGCUGGCGUGUGCGCGUGGCGCUCGCGCACCACGGCGUGCCCUUCGAGACGAGGCCGGUGCACCUGGUAAAAGGCGAGCAGCACUCGGCCGAGCACCUCGAGGGGAGCGACGGGGCCGGCCAGGUGCCCGUGUUGUCGUUCGUGGACGGCGGGGGGAGGCGCCACGCGUUGACGCAGUCCCUGGCCAUCAUCGACUUCUUGGACGGCGUGUGCGCGGCAGCGCCUGGCGGGUCUGCGCCGCUGGUACCCCCGGCCGACGGCUCGACUGCGGGGCAGCUGCUCCGCGCCAGGGCGCUGCAGAUCGCGGAGGAGGUGGCCGACAUCGCCUCGAACCCGCUGGCCCAGCACGAGGCCAAGUUGGCGGAGCUGGAGGCGAUCGAGAAGACCAAGUCUGCAGAGGCCGCCAUGGGCACCAAGGGGGACACGGUGCCCGACUUCGAGGUCGACAAGGACUUUGCCGACCAGGUGGCCGCUGAGGUGGAGAAGCUGGGAGGAGGGCAGGUUGGACUCUUCGGCAACUGGCGCGCUGGUGUCGACUCCGACCAGUGGGUGGAGGACGCGGGCGCCGCUGGCAGCAGCGCUGACAGGCCCGCGGCGUCUCCGCAGCCCGCCAAGACGGCGGCUGGCUGGGAGGUGGGCAGCGCUGGGCGGGCGCUGCUGGGCCUGCCGGCGACUGGUGGCGCGCAGGCGUCGCUCGAGAAGGUGGCGUACGACAUGCUGAUCGGCGACGCCCCGGUGCCUGGGUGGUCCGAUCCGCAAUCGCAGCAGGACCAGCUGGAGACCCGGGUCUUGGAGGCGCUAAGCGCGGAGCACCGGCGGCGCCAGUGGGCAGCGGUGGUCGAGGAAGACCGCCGUCUCGCGGCCUUGCCGCGCGUGCACUGGCUGUCGACUUAUCCGAAUAAUCUCAUUCCAUCGAAGCUCUUGACAGGGUGGGGCAUGAACUGGUGGCUCGGCGGCGUGGCAGCUGUGCAGGAUAGGGCUAAUAGCUUGGACUGGGACAUCCUGGUGGACUGCCUCGGCGCCGGGCCUGGAGGCGGGGUGCGGCAGUGGGCGGCAGGGCUAAGGGACCCAGUCCACUUGCCAGCAUCGUGGAAUUACCACGGGGUCGCGCAGCAGCUGAGGGGUGCGAUAAGAACCCUGGCUGCGGCGCCGCGCGGGGCUAAGGUGCUCAUCUUCUGCCGCCAGGGGGAGUGCCGGUCGGCGUGCGUGGCUGCUGUGUGUCUCUGCGCCAUGGGGCUAAUGAGGGUUGAGCAAGCGGUGCGCCUCGUGCGCGCGAGCCGCCCCCAGGCCCUCCCACCUGGCAACUCGCGCGCCAUGGAGGACAUCGCGAAACUCGAGAAGCUCUGGGAGAACGAGGGCGAGGCGCUAAGGCAUGCGGCUGCGGCAGGCGAGGACGACGCCGGCCCCGCUGCGCCCAGCGGCGGCGAGCACCACGCAGAGGGCGGAGUCGUAGGCCGCAACGUGAAGAGCAGACUCCCGGGCCCCACGGAGGACGACCCUUUCGACCUCCGCAGGCGCUUCUGCGAGCCCUACAGGGAGGAUUUCCAGACCGCGCUGCGAGAGAUCAAGGCUGGCAGAAAGCGCAGCUGCUGGAGCUGGUACAUCUUCCCAACCGCGCCCUGGGUGGUGAACGGCGUCGAGCGAGGCAAUCCACGGGCGGGGCUGUCGCCGGCCAUGGCUCAAGAUGGCAGCCCCACCGCCGACCACGACGAGGGUGGGGCGGACUUGCCGAAGGGGUACCGCGUCCGUGGGCGGGAUUUGAGCAAAACGGCACGCGCUUGA